GCACUUUAGCAGCUAGCAAAAUAAAACUUGUUACUAACCGUUAUCCAACUUGGCAAUUUGAGGCAACCUAUAACUACUGACAAGUUGAUCUAAGGGUAAAGACGUGGUGCUCCAUCUCAGUGUACUUCAAACCAGCAACAUGUCUUUUGUGGACACUUUGCGCCAGUGGGACAAUGCUGUCACUUGCGUUGACAGGCAGGAUUUGACAGAGGCUCUCAGGAUUUUUCUCACCAUCCCAGAGCCAAACUCCAAAAUCUAUUUUGACAUUGGCUGUCUCCAUCUUCUUAACCAAGACCUGGAUGCUGCUGAAAAGGCGUUUGAUUGCAGCAUAAGCAAGGAUGAACAUUUGUCUGUUGCCUUCUUUCAAAGAGGAAUCACUUUUUACAAAAAGCAGAGGUAUGAGGAGAGUUUAGCUGAUUUUCAGCAAGCUUUCAAAGCUCUAAGAGGCAACCAACUGAUUGAUUACAAAGCACUGGGUCUUAGAUACAAACUAUUUGCAUGUGAGGUUCUCCUCAAUGUGGCUCUGUGUGAGGCUCAGCUGGGUAACUGGGAAAAAGCCCACCAAAACCUUGUGAAGGCUCUUGACUACAAGACCGAUACGAAACUCAAUAUUAUCGACAGAGCUCUGGAUUCUGCACUGAAACAGAAACUUUUCAAACCAGUCGAGUUCCCAUCAAAAGUGCUAUUCAAACCGAAUAGGCACUAUGUUGCUGAGCUGGAGAAGAAGGAUUACCUUGGCAAAGCAAAGGUUGUUGCCUCGGUGGUUCCUCAGGAUGCCUUCUCUGGAUUUGCUCCCUUACAACCACAGGUUGAAGAAAGUCCAACUCAUCCGAAAGAACGCGAGGUUCUGAGGGCUUUGGAAGGAGAACCCCAUACUGUCCUGUACGAGUUUGUUCCUGAGACCAGCGACGAGCUGGCUGUAGCGCCGGGCAACAUUGUGUUUGUACUGCAGAAGGGUGUCGACAACUGGGCGUCCGUGGUGUUCAACGAAAGAAGGGGACUUGUUCCUUACAAUUACCUUGAACGUUUGGAGAUCUCCUUGGCUUCCAAACCGAAUGAGAAGCAGCGACGAUCUCAGCCUCCAAGUAAAGAACCACCCACCAGACCUGAGAGGAAACAAGGUCUCACUCCUAGUGGUAAAACCAGUAAAGACACCCGACAAAAGGAUGAACAGCCUACCAACAACUUGUGUAUCGUCAAAGUCUGCUUCACAUUCAACUUUGCUGUAUCAGUACCACCUGGAUGCACCUAUGCAAUACUGAUAGAAAAGAUCAGUAAAAAACUCAAACUGCCAUCUACUUCUAUCACUUUGAGUUUAACCUCUGAGGCAACAGAACAGAGUAUCAUCACCCCCAGCACCGAAAUGGAAAGUGUGUGGCGUCGUGCCACUGACCUGCGCAUCACCUUGUGGUGCAACGCCAAAGAGCAAACUGAUGGAAAUCCAAAAAGCGAGAUUCACUUUGUGGCACUUCAUUCCUACGAGUCGUCAAACCCAGAGGAUCUCAACUUUCAGCAAGGCGAUACAGUCACAUUCCUCUCUAGAGUUAACAAGGAUUGGCUGGAAGGGGAAUGUAGUGGUAAAACUGGUAUAUUUCCUGCAUCCUUUGUGGAAGAACUUUCUGUCAAUGGCAGGUCAAUGAAAUAAAUACAUGUAAACACAUACUAUAGUCAGGAAGACAUUUAAG